AUGCCGCCAAGAAGAAUCCAGUCGGAGUCCGAAGGCGAGGAGGAGAUUGAGGAAGUUGACGAUGUCGAGGACUCGGACUUCGAGGAGCUUGACGAGAUCGAGGACGACGUCAAACCCCGCCGGAGAGCUGCUGCAAAGAAGCCGAUGAGCACUCGCAGCACUCGUGCUUCGUCCGCUAGAAGUGGUCGAGCAUCCUCGGCGGCUGGGCCAUCGACUGCGCCGGUUAAAGCGAGGAAGAGGCAGGUCGCAGUCGAGAUCCCUUACAUGCCCUUCUCGAAUCUGAAGCUACAGCUACGCUCCUGGUCUCAAGGCGCCUACGACCGUGACUCGGAGUCGGACUCUCGCUGCUCAGGAUGGGAGGAUGGGUGGAAAGAGUCUGCUCCUGCCAAAUCUCUGACAGGAAAGGGCAAGCAGCGCCCUACUAGAAGUUCAGCAAGGACUUCGACGAGGAGCACUCCCCAUGGCUUUGGCGGUUAUGGCGACGACGACGAGGAGUUCUCAACAGGACCCUCAGAGACAGACUACGAUUCGGACGACUCUUUGCUGACGCGAAGAGUGCGCCCUCGCGUAUUUGAGCCGCGACAGACACGGGCACAGCGCAAGGAGCACGGUACACCACCAUCGGAACAACCACGCUACACCUGUCAUCAAGCCGCAACGCAGCAGGCACAGUGGCAGACGCAGCCAAACUCGCCGCAGGGCAGUGAAUACGAACCACCCAGUGAGGGCGAGUCCGAGAUCGACGACGUCGACAUGGACGAGCUCGACUCUGAGGGAGAGAUCCGGGAGUACAGUGAUGACGAGGACGUCCUGACGCGGCAUCGACCAAGAUGCCGAUUGGGGCCCGCGGACGAGCUCCUCGCUAAAGCGCUGAAGUCAAAAAAGCGAGGACGCAAAAAGAAGUACGAUAUCCUCGACGAGCCCAUCGACCCCGUCGAGCAUGCGGAGAGCCUCGAGGGUUGGAUCGAAGCCACAUUAAGGUGUCGCGGCCGGGCACCCCGGAGUCAGGGUGGUGACGGUGCGCAGGAGAAGGCCAAGAUGCCCAGUCAACCUGGGCGGGAGGAUGAGCCCAUCGACGUCGGCGAUGACGAAGGAGGGCUCGUCAAGAGUACCCCUGCCCCAUUACUGUUCCGCUGCGACCGGUGCAAACAAGCCGUGCACUACGAACAUCCUGGUACGAAGUAUACGACGUCCGAGAUCGCUACCUACUACCAGAAGCCAGACGCGGACGGUACGAGCGCAUGGUACGCCCAGUGCUGUCGCGACCUGAAGUGGCUGGUGGACCGAGUCAUUGCGUGGCGCCCGGUGCCAGGGAGCGCGGAGGAGCCGCCGCGGAAGGCGGGCGAGCUGCCAAACUAUCGCGACCGCCUGCCCCGCGAGUACCUUGUGAAGUGGAAAGACCGCAGCUUCCGCCAUCUGAACUGGGUGCCGCACGCCUGGCUGCUCGCUAUCAACGGUGCAAAGCUGAGAAACUUCAUCCUCAAGGGUCCUCAACUGGAUCUCGUCACAAAUGAAACUCUGGCUGUCAAGGGAGACGAGAUGAGUGCGCCCACAAUCCGAGACGUCAUGGACGACGAGCCUCAGCAGCGUCACCCGCGCGAGAUAGAUGCCUUGGAGGAGAAGUGGCGCGGACACGGGCCACCGCCUGACGCCGAUGCCGACAGCAGCAUCCCGGAAGACUGGAGCACUGUUGACCGCAUCCUGGAGGUGCACCUUCUUCCACCAAAGGCCAGCCGGAAGGCGAAGCGCCGCAUCGAGGACUCGGACGAUGAGGACGAUCUCUCAGAGGUGCUGCGAGACGGGAUCGCACCUCCGACAUCGCUGGCAGUGCCUAUUCGAAACUGGGAGCUUCGUGCCGAGCGUCAGCUGACGGCGGACGACAUCGACGAAGUCGCUCCACUUGUAACUUGGGCGCUGAUCAAGUGGCAGAACUUGCAAUAUGACGAGGCAUGCUACGACACUCCGCCAUCGAAGGACUCGCCGCUGUACCCCGCCUUCCGCAAGGCUUUGCAGCGCUACCUGGCUGGGCGACAGGUUAAGAUCCCGGUCCUUAGCGAAUCGGCCGCGCGCCAGCGUGAUCAGGAAGCCGCGCUCAUGAAAGACCCCCCGGAGGGACAGCCCGACUGUGUCACAGGUGGCAAGCUCAUGCCGUUCCAAAUCGAAGGUCUGCAGUGGCUCAUCUACAAGUACUACCAUCGCCAGUCUUGUAUCCUUGCGGACGACAUGGGUCUCGGAAAGACGAUCCAGGUAGCCUCAUUCCUUGGAUACUUGCACUCGCAGGAGAUCUACCCGAGUCUGGUCGUCGUGCCCAACUCGACGAUCACGAACUGGGUGCGCGAGAUCGAGAAGUGGGUCCCGGACGUGCGAGUCGUGCCCUAUUACGGUGAAGCACUCUCUCGCAAACUCAUCGCGACCCACGAACUCUACCAUCCAGGCAAGGCUGGCAAGGCGGACGGGCUGAAGGCGCACGUCGUCCUGACGACGUACGAGUCGUUCAUCAACAACCACACAAUGUUCAAGAGCGUGCCACGUUGGGAGUGUGUGAUCGUGGACGAGGGCCAGCGAGUGAAGUCAGAUUCCUCUCUCAUCUUCAAUCGGUUGAAACAAUUGCACUCCGUCUUCCGCGUGCUCCUGACGGGCACGCCGUUAAACAACAACCUGCGUGAGCUGUUCAACCUGCUCAACUUUCUGGAUCCGCAGAAGUUCCGCGCGCUUAAGGAGCUUGAGGCGCGGUUUGAGAACCUGAAUGAGGGCCUGUUGACUGAGCUGCACGAGCUCAUUUCGCCCUACAUCCUGCGCCGUAUCAAGCGCGACGUGCUCAAGCUUCCGCCCAAGGUCGAGAUCAUCGUCCCGAUUGCGAUGACGCCGGUGCAGAAGCAGGUCACGAGAGAGAUCCUGCACAGCAACGUCGAUACGAUCGAGAACAUCGUCAAGAAGCGCAAGAAGAAGGCCAAGGCCAAGGAGAAGGAGAAGGAACUCGAGAUCGUCGACAUCACCGACGAAACGACCGCGCCUAACGGAGAGCCCGCCGAGAAGCGGCAGAAGACGGCUACACCCGAAGCUGGUCCCUCCGGAACCACUGGGAAGGACACGGCUCCGGCUGACACGUCCGGGCCUGAAGAUGUAGCUGAUGGAGCUGAUGCCACCGAGGCUGCACCGGAGGCGAUGGAUGUCGACAACACGGACUACACCGACAUUGCUGAGACCACAGCGGUCCUCGUCGAAGACUCGCAGCCCGCAUCGCCUCCCGCAUCGCAAGCCAAUGGCGAUUCUGCCGAGAACAACGGCAACAGUGAGUAUGCGCAGCCCGUGAAGUUGCGGGGCGGAUUCAGCGUGAAGGGUGCCGCUGCCGCUGCUGCCCGAAAGCGUUGGGAUAAGCAUCGGCGAGACAUGGAGCUUGUGGCUCUGGGCAGAGGGGCUCUUCCCACCCCUGCUGACGACUCUCCUGAGGAGAACGCACGUGAUUGGGAAGAGGACUUCGAUUCAGAGCCGGACUCCGAAUCUUCCGCGAGUGCCAGCAGCGGAAGAGCGGCUCCGCGUGGCUAUGGCGGCUUCAGCAAGCCGGGCGCUGCUGCGGCAGCAGCUAACGCUCGGUGGGACAAAGUCCGGCAGCAGCGAGCAGAGCAGGCGGAGGCAAGCCAGUCGCAGACUCCGCGCCUCCUCUCCGAUGACGAGUCGUCAUCUGCAGAAAAGACACCCUCACCCCUUCCUGCACGCCGUCGCAGACCCCCUGCCGCUAUCGCUCACGCUAACGUUGUCACUGUCCCGCCCAGGCGGGGCGGAUUCAAUGUGGAAGGGGCAGCAGCGCGGGCGGCGAAUAAGCGCUGGGAGAAAGUGCGGAGGGAGCGAGAGGAGCGGGAGCGUGCUUCGGGCACAAGUAAGGCGGACCCGGAGCAGCUUAUGACACGUCUGGACAGAGCUAAUACCACAGACGUCGAAGCGACGGCGGCACAACCGACUCCGCCCUCGCAGGCAAACGGCACGCACUCCCCUGCACCCGAUGCAAACCGCGCUCAGUCGAACGGCUCCCAUGAGCCGAGCCGAAACGGUACCUCGAACGGUGCAUCGUCUUCACCGCGCCAAGAGAACGGCUCUCACACGCCGUCCGCGACACCGAGUGAACCGAAUGGGUCCGCGGCACCAGAAGUCAGCGCGAGCCAAGCAAGUCAGGCAAGUCAGGCCAGCCAAAGCAGCCAGACGCCGCGCUCGUCCCAGAAGCUGAAGAAGAAGUUCAAGCUGCAGCUGUAG